GGCGGGCCUCCGCAGCGGUUUGUGAGUGGGCGGGACUCUGCUGGGAAAAUGUCGUCCCCGUUCUCAGUCAGCGCUUUCCCGGUCAGCAUUCCGUCCGUGAUUACGCAGACAGACUGGACUGAACCAUGGCUGAUGGGACUUGCUCUCUUUCAUGUCCUCUGCCUGCUGCUCACUUGUUUCUCAUUCCAAAAUUAUAAACUACAGAUUGGGCAUUUUCUGUGCCUAGUAAUUUUAGUCUAUUGUGCUGAAUAUAUCAAUGAAGUAGCUGCAAUGAACUGGAGGAUAUUUUCAAAACACCAGUAUUUUGAUUCAAGAGGGAUGUUCAUUUCUAUAGUAUUUUCAGCUCCACUGCUCUUGAAUGCCAUGAUUAUUGUGAUUAUGUGGGUAUGUAAGACUUUGAAUGGAAUGAUUGACCUGAGGAAUUUACAAGAGAAAAGAAAAAGAAAGAAGAGGCGAAGAAAAGAAGAAUAAUGAAUCGUCUCACGCUGUUAUGGGGAUUGGCAAGUCCAAAUUCUGAAGGGCAGGCCACAAGCUGUGAAAUCCAAUGGAGGUUUUCAGUAAAUUCACCAGGAGAAGCUGGCUGGCUGAAGUAGAGAUGGAAAUUCUUUCUUUUGACUACUGAAAUCACCACUUUUAAAGCCUUGAACUGAUUGGAAGAGACUUCUCCCAUUGUAAAGGCCAUCUCCUCAGUUGAUUGUAGACGUACUCAGCCACAGAUGCAGUCAACUUACUGAUUUAAGUCCAUGAAAUAUCCUCACAAUCAGGCCAGUGUUUGCUUGACCAAGCAACUGGACCUCAUAACCUGGCCAAGCUGACACAUGAAUUUAACUAUCACCAUGAGUCAAAUGCUUAGAAGCAGAAAACAAGCUUUGUUUACCAAAGAUUAUGUAUUCUGGAAUUCUUAAACAUGUCUUGUCUUUGGAAAAGUCUUUUCAAGCUUCCUUUUCUAUUUCUGGUGGACUAUUGUUUUUCUUUUACCACCACAAAGAACAUUUAAAAUGCAACCUGCAUAUUAAAAACAAAACAAAACCAUGCAGGUUGCAUAUUUUAUUUUUCAGUAUGCAAAAUUAGAAAUGCAUAACUAUUGAAUGAAUAUUUUAGCUUUUUCAACUAAAAUAUGAGAAAUGAGAACCAGUGACUAGUGUUAUAUUUUCUCAUCAAAACAGUAAGGAUAAACUGUUUAAUAGAUGUUAGAUAAAAAAAAUCUUGAAUUUUUUGAAGAUACUGUAAAAUGUGUACUGAUUUCAGGAAUCUGAACAAAGUAUGUGUCUUUGGUCCCCAAGACCACUCUCAGGCUCAGUGAUUCACUAGAAGGACUCAGAAAAGAUGUUAUAGUCAUGGUUAUGGUUUAUUACAAUGAAAGGAUACAGAUUAAAAUCAGCAAAGUGAAAUCAUAGGGUGAAUUCCAGGAGAAAAUAGGUACAAAUCUUUAGGAGUCCUCUCUCAGUGAGGUUGCAUGGAUACAACGCUUCCAGCGACGUGUGCCAAUACCUUGAAAGUUUUGUCAACCAGGAAAACACCUGAGUCUUGGUGUCCAAAGUUUUUGUUUGGAAGCAGUCACCUAAGCCUGUAGCAACUGUGUGACCUCAGCUACUCGGACUCCAACCCCCAAAUCAAAAACAGUUUUCACCAUAAAUCAUUUGUUAGCAUAAACUAUCAGAUUAAACUGUAUGGACCAAAGCCUCAGGCAUACAAAAGCACUGUCUGGCAGAAUAUUCCAAGGGCUCCGAAUUCAUCUCCCAGGUGCUGACCAAACGCCAGUCCUCAAGACGGGUCUUUCUUGGGAGUGUACAGAGUUUGAAUAACCCAGGCUGGCUGAGUUAAUGCUUCUCUGCACGAUAUUUCCUAGAGUAAGGAAAUAUGGCAAAAAUUCCAGUUUAUUUUUGUUCAAACAAGGGCAUAUUACAAAUUUUAUGAUCCUAAAAAGAUUUAGAGAGACGGAUUGUGUUGAUGCCUGAAAUCAUGGUUUAAUUUUAUCUACAUCUUUUGGGAAUUUGCUGUUAUCCUCAGACACCAAUUAUAGCUCUUUAUCCCAAAUUCAGUUUAUAAAAUUAGAAAACUUUUUAUUAUGUUAUGCUUUAUCUUAUACAUUUUAUGUCAGGUGUAGUUUAUACAUAUUUGUAGAUUUAUAUUUGUAGAUCUGUUCUUUUUUUCAUUCAUUUAGCAAAUCUUGAGGGUGUUCAGUUUGCCAGGCACUCUGUAAGGCUUUAAGUGUAGAGUAUUGAGUCAUGUGGGGUAGACUGAUCAUAAACAAGUAUACAAGCAUAACUACUGAAUUACAGACUGUAGAUAUUGUGUAAAGGACAAGAAUAUGAUGAUUUGAAAGAUGAGUUGCGGGAACCUGAUUGCUCAGGGGUCCUGUAUUGGAUUUUCCAGAACAAUACUAUUUUUAGACAUUCUGCCCUAUUAGCCAUUGAAAGAUUUUGUAAAUUUUAACUUUUAGCACAUUAUCCAGAUGUUGGAGUUUUGAGCACGAGGGACCAAAUUCUUUGUCAGUUCAUUGGACCUGAUUUGAUGAUUGUAAAUAGUGUUCACUUUGUACUAAUAGCAUAUAUGCUACAUUUGUCAAAAAGUCACUUGACUUUUCUAGAUUUUCCUGAGAAAAAUUAUAGUAUUGAAGAGAGAAUUUCUUAUGGCCUAUCAGAUUCCAAAUUAAGUUCCUGAAGGUAUUUUAUAUUUGAAUUGCAUUCCUUAAAGUUCUCACUUUUCUUUGGGAGUUCAUGGCUCCAUCAGAAUAAACAAAUUGUUCUUUACCUUUUGAAGAGUUUUCAUUGUUUUUAGGAAACUAAGAGAAAGUACACAUGAUGACUUUCAACUUUUAUAAAAAUAUUUAAAUUUACUCACAGUCACAGUCUAUGUUUUUGUUUUAGUUUUUUCUCUUUUCUCUUUAUAAUCAUGUUCAUUCUCUCGUUCUUUCAUUUAUCCAUUAAUUCAACAAAUGUUUUUUGUAAUUACGAGUAAUCUGCUAGUAAUUGUUCCUAAUAUUCAAGGAGCUCCCAGAUUAGAAGAGAUAAGAAAUUAUAAUAUUAAGUAUUAAGAGAUGUUUAAGCUUCUGGAGUAGUUUAUGCACAGAGGAGUGUUUAACUCUGUCUUGGGGAAGGUCAGAGAAGGCCUUAGAAGGAUUUAAGUAAAUACUUGGAGGAUGAACAGGAUUUCAUUAGGAGUAGGAGAGGAAUGUAUAUGUGCUAUUAAAUAAUUUUAAUGAUAAAGAGUUAGAUAUAACCAGUACAAUAGAAGUGUAUUUGUGUUGGUUUGGUUGUAUUAUGUCCCCCAAAGUGCCAAGUUUUCAAGGGGACUAUGACAUGAUCAGCCUUUUAAUUUAGAGAUUACUGACAGUAGAAUGUUGUCUAACAAAAAUUAUGAAUUACAGUCCAUUAGUUUUUAGGCAAAUUUGUAUCUUAGAAAACCCAGGAGGAGGAACACAUUUUCACAGGAUAAAGCUUUUGGAAGAAGUCUGGAAUAGAUUAGAGAUUUUAAUCAUUCCAGAGCUGGUAGUUAACCCACAGGAGAUAGAAUUAUCCAGGAAGAAUGUGUCAUCUAGGGUUCAGCUUCCCAGCACAUGUGCUAUGGUACACUGGUGUGCCUCAAUAGGUUAUGGGUGUCCUCUCAUAUUUUGAUGGCUAUGAAUAUGAUACAAUUUUAAACAUUUUUUUUAAAUGCAGUUCAAAAUUUUGCACCAGUUGAAAUUAAAUUUAAGCACUAUCUGUAGACUUCCCUUUGUAAACUUUCUGAAUUCAAUUAUUUUGGUACCUAAGAGUACACUUGCCCACUGUCAGGUCAUCAGGUCUUCAUUAGGGGCCACGCGAUAUAGGUAUAGUACCUCCAUCUGACCUUCCUGAGUAAUCAUCCAUGAUAUUAAAAUAUGAAAUAUUUUAAUUUUGAUAGGAUUUGCUUGUAUUUUUUACAGUGUUUCCUGUUAACAUAGAAUAAAAACACACUCAGAUGGUUGUUAUCUGUAUUAUUAUUAAUAGUGUUAUGUUGUGUCAGGUAUCCCUAAAUAAAAUUUAUGUUGAU